AUGGCUAGGUUUAGGCACCAAGAACCCUCCUCUUCCAAUUCUUCUCCUUGUCGAUGUUGUUAUGACGUGUUCUUGAGUUUCAGGGGCAAAGACACUCGAAAGACUUUCACAGACCAUCUCUACGCAGCCUUUGUGGAGAAAGGCUUUCCCACGUUCCGAGACAAAGAAGAAGUUGAGAGGGGAGAAGGUAUAAAGCCAGAAUUGCAGAAAGCCAUCCAACAGUCGCGAAGCUCUGUCAUUGUUUUUUCAAAAGACUACGCGUCUUCCGGAUGGUGCCUUGAUGAGCUUGUCUUCAUCCUUGAACACAAGAGGAUCUCCUCAGACCAUGUAGUUUUACCAGUCUUCUACGACGUCGAUCCUUCCCACUUGAGGCACCAGACAGGAAGGGUUGGAGAAGCAUUUUCUUGGCACGAAGAAAAUCAGGAUUCACCCAACAAGAUCAAACAAUGGAGGGCAGCACUUAGAGAAGUUGCAGAUCUAUCAGGGAUGGUCUUAAAAAAUGAAGCUGAUGGGUACGAGUCAAAGUUUGUCAACCAAAUUAUUAGAGAGAUUGACGACAAACUAAGUCGCAUGCGCACACCCUUUACAGUUGCACCCUACCCGAUUGGAAUGGAUUCUCGAGUUGAAUUUAUUAAUUCAUGGUUACAGGAUGGAUCAACCGAUGUUGGUAUACUUUUAAUUAAUGGGGUUGGGGGAAUUGGAAAGACAACCAUUGCGAAAUUUGCUUACAAUUCAAACUACAGAGGAUUUGAACGGCGCUGUUUCCUUGAAGAUGUCAGGGAAACUUCAAAACAGCCCAAUGGUUUAGUUCUACUGCAAAGACAAUUCCUUCACCAUAUUAUGAGUGGAAGAGAAGUGAAAAUACAUAGUGUCAGUGAGGGAAAUAAAAAGAUUAGAGAUGCCAUAAUCUCUAAACCAGUUCUUCUUGUUCUUGAUGACGUCGACCAUAUGAAGCAAAUAGAUGCAAUAUUUUCUAUGCAAGAUUGGUUUUGUCCAGGAAGUAAAAUAAUGAUAACAACUAGGUGUGCAGGGUUGUUGAGGGAUCAUGAACUCUCUAAUUGUUCAGUUUACAAUGUUGAAACUCUGAAAGCCAAUGAAUCACUGGAACUCUUCAGUUGGCAUGCUUUUCGACAAGCCCAUCCACGUGAAGAUUGGUUGAAACUUUCAGAAAUGAUAGCAGACCGAUGCGGAGGACUUCCAUUAGCUCUUCAAAUUUUGGGUUCUUCUCUAUCAGGGCGAACUAUAGAUGUGUGGAAAAGUGCACUGGAGAAAUUGAAAGCUAUUCCAAAUAAUGAAAUCCUACAAAGACUCAGAAUAAGCUACGAUGCUUUACAGGAUAACCCUGAUGACCAAAAUUUAUUCCUUCACAUUGCAUGUUUCUUUGUUGGGAAGAGAAAAGAUUAUAUUGUUAGAAUACUAGACGGAUGUGAUUUCUUCACAGUUGUUGGCAUUGAAAAUCUUAUGGAUAGAUGCUUGGUAACAGUUGAUCAAGAUGAGAAAAAACCAUUGAAGGGCCUUGCCUUGGAUAUGCAUAUGCACUCGUUAAACACUCCUUGGGGAAACUCAGAUGAGGAAGUCUUGGAAACUAAUGCAUUUGCAAGGAUGUCCAAACUAAGACUACUCCAUCUUAGUCACGUUCGAUUCAAGGGUUGCAUUGAAGAAUUUCCGAAAGGAUUAAGAUGGUUGUGUUGGCUUGAAUUUCCUCUGAAAUCUAUACCCAGUGAUUUUCCUUUGGAGUGCUUGGUUUAUCUUGAAAUGCCUCACAGUAACUUGAGACAAGUCUUUAAGGGAAUCAAGUACCUUCGCUCUUUGAAGACCGUUGAUCUAAGUCAUUCCCAUAGCCUUACUGAAAUCUCUAGCUUCUUACUGGUCCCCAAUUUAGAAAGACUUGUUCUCGAAGAUUGUAUGAGCUUGGUUGAUGUCCAUGAGUCCAUUGUAAACCUAAAGAAUCUCGUUUGCUUGAAUCUGAAAGGUUGCAGAAAGAUUAGGAAGCUUCCAAAGAAUCUUUUUAAGCUCCAAUCACUUGAUACACUUAGUCUAUCUGGCUGCUCAAAUCUCAAAGAUUUUUUGACGGAGUUGAGGAAGAUGGAGUCUUUAAAAGUGCUAGAUGUUUCCAAAAUUCCAAUAAGUCAAGUGUUCAUGACUACCACUGGAAAGGUCAACCCAAGCGUAGGGAGAACUCCAAAUAAUUUGUGGUCUUUCUUACCACGUGGUUUAGUACAUUUAAAUCUCUUGAGUUGCAAUCUUCUUGAUGAGGCUUUUCCCAAAGAUUUUGGUAACCUACCCUCAUUAAAAUUCUUAGAUCUAAGCAAAAAUCCAAUUUGUAGCCUACCACAAUGCAUCCGAGGGCUUAGGGGGCUUGUUCGACUCAACUUUUCCAAUUGCAAGAGGCUCCAAACACUUGAAGGGCUACCGAGAGUAAGAACUUUCAUUGUGGUUGGUUGCAGGAUGUUGGAAAGAGUAACAUUUCAAUCAAGUUCGUGCGUACCCUUAGAAUAUCUUAGCAUGUAUAACCCGAAGCUAGUUGAGAUCAAAUACCCGUACAACUUUGUACCUAUUGCAAGAUGUGAUGCAGAAACAAUCAAGCUUUUGGGUUUGUGCAACUUGAAAUCCGAGGGAAUCACCAUUCAAAUGUUAUUCCCAUGUAGGAGUUGGGAGUUUUGUAAGAUCAGGAAGUAUCCUAUCCAGGGACUAUAUGAAUAUGGUAUAUUCAGCACGUUUCUUCCUGGGAAUGUGGUGCCAGGCCAGUUCAGCCAUACAAGUAGAGGCUCUUCAAUAUCAUUUACCGUGCCUUCAGGAGAAGACAUGAUAUUCUUAAGCCAUUGGAGUUUGGAGAAUGAAGUGAAGGGUGGUGACGAAGUCACAGUUUCAAUGUUCAUGAGAUCCUUGUUUCGAUUAAAUGAGUGGGGCAUCCAGCUUGUAUACAAACAAGAUCAGGAGAAGAUGAUUGCCCCAGACGACGACAAUGCAGUUCCUUCUUUUCCAUCUGUCAUUUUAAGACAUUUGCAAGAAUUCGAGUUGAUACCAAGAACAUACUUCCUCUCCAAUGGACCAAUAUCAAGGAGAAUAUGGACAUUUGGACGUUGUGGGGAGUCGGCUUUGUUUGAUGACAUAUUUGGGGAUGGGGACUCAAACUACUCUGAUCAAGAAACAGACGAAAAUGUGCCGCAACAAGGUGUCCUGAGCAGAAAAAAUAUCCAAACGGUUGAAUCACUAAGAAGAUGGUUGCUCAACAACCGUCACAAGCAAGCUGUCUCCGCUCAUAGUACGUAUCCUCCAGGUCAAUAUAGUAAUAGUACUGACCAAUUCCGCAGCUUAUGGAUUAUAGAAUCCAAUUUGAUAGCUUUGGUUGUCUUGAUUCUUGAAAGCAAGAGUAUCUUGGUUGAUACCAUGGACAUUUGCAUUGUCUCUCAUUUCACAUUGUUGUGUAAAGCUGUUAUUAUGAGUUUCCCAACUGAAAAUGUGGAAGAAAUAACUCAGUAUCUUGUUGCAAAUUACAGAUCAUCUCAAUGACAGAAAAUUGAGCUUGGAUCUUACGUUUCUUUCU